UACUAUGCUCUUUGAUAAAUACAAAUUAUUUUAACAAAAUGGCUGAACUAUAAAGACGUGUUUCGAUUUUUGUAUCAAAAUGGAGCUAUUUAGCGAGUGUUAUUAUCAAACAAACGAAUUUUCAAGUUGUUCCGACGUAAGAAACAUUUCUUGUGGUGAGACAGUGUUUAGUACGGAGAGACUUAAGAUUUACGAUUCAGGACCUUGUGAGGCCCAGGAAGUGUCUAUUAUCGGUUUGAAGUGUUAUAGACUUAUUCACAAGCCUUUUUCAGACUUUUCAUUUUUGUGCAAUAACAAAAACAUGCCUGUGUGAGUGUAAAAUGACUUAGCAUCCUCUAUAAACUUUAAAAUCCUUUAAAAAUGAAUAAUAUACAAGUUUUUCGUACGCGUAAUCGCAACGAAUCAAAAAUGUUCUCGCCAGUAAACUUUUCCAUUACCAAUUAUUCCACGGACGCCCAAUCCAAAGCAAUGAAAAGCCCUUUGGGAGACACACUAUUAUUUAAUAAUUUGCACUUAAUUCCGGACCCGUUGAAAAAGAAUUUAGCUGAUUCAGUGAUAACAGGGACAAUGGAACAAAGAAAAGACCCUGAUAAGCUCGAGAAACCCCCAUCAACGACUGAGUCUGGAGCGUUAGGUUCUCUAGGUGGCAUUACAAACUUUAUUUCGGGUGUUUUCAAUGUUAUGACCGCUAUGUUUCAAAAAAGAGCUUCUUCACCCACCACCCAAUAUUAUGAUUGUUUCGACGCUGUGGAUGACGGACAAAUUGCACCGUCUCUACCUUGGCAUCCAGCCAAGUUCGAGGUUCAAAAUAGGAAUUCAACUGCUAAUUCCAAUGAUAUGGAUAAUAUGACUGUAAUCACUAAUUGCAAGGAUAAAUUAAACAAAGUACACUUAAUGCACAAUGGAAACAUUCAAAAGUGUCCGGCAACAAUGUAUGUUGAGCCCAAAUCCUUAGAAGACUCAUUUGAAGAUGCAUUUUGCCCAGAAAACAUUGUUCAGUUAGCAAAUGACACCUUAAUUGAAUGUUACAGUGCAUAUAAUCAGCAUCAGCAAGAAUUAGUUGAAGUCCAAGCCCCAGUUAUUAAGACUGAGUUUUGUAAUGAAUCUAUGGAUAUUGUUAAGAUUUUACCAGAAACUGAUACAAAGAAAACAGAUACAGAUAGAACUGAAAAUGAUUUAAAUAUGGUAACUUGCAAUUCAACAGAAAGACAAAUUGUAUCUACUUGUGAGGAUAAGUUAAAUAAAUUAAAAGAACUCUUACAGUGUAAACAUAAACAGAAUGUAAACUCAGUUCAAGAAACAACAGCUAUACCUAUUAAAGAAGUAAUAUCAUCUUCAUUUGCCAAUGAAAUUGAUGCACCUCGAGAAACAAAAAAUAGUUUUGAUGAGGUGAAUGGUAGAUUUUACUCUUCAUCUGUAGACAGUGAUGAUUCGUUUCAAAUUGUAUUCACAGAUCGGAAAAGAAUACCAUCUGAUUGUGAGUCGGAAGAUUCCUUUAUUGUGUUUGAUGAGUCACCAGAUUGUUACACAAAUAUUGAUGUGUUUGGUUCCGAUUCGGAAUCGGAAACAGAAGAUUCAGGUUAUGUUAUGACAUGUCUUAAUCAUUCGCUAUCAAGAACUUUUGGAGAUUUAACUGAUGAUAGCUUGUAUGCAACUGACGUUGUUGACUGUGCUAUACAAACGGGUCAUGCAGUUGAACCAGAAAAGAUAAAUAUGUCAGAUACCACACAAAGCAAAAUUCUAACAGAGGACAAGAAACAAAAGCCAUCUAAAAAGGUCCGUUUCUCUACCGACCCACCGAAGGUCCAUGUGAUGAGGGUGUGGGCUUUUGCAGCUCGACAAGCGAGAGCUGGUCACUGGGAAAGACACGCUUUGGACCGGGAUCGAUUUAGACGAAGGAUAGCGGACGUAGAAAUGGGUAUAUCCUGGGUUCUGAAGCCGCAACACCGAACUCGUGUGAUGUUCCAACGCUUUAUGCCUUGGUGGAAUGCUGAAAAGCGACGAGAAUUAGAGGAAAGAAAAGCUCUUGAAAGCAAAAAAGAAUAUUUAGAGAAGGAGACAGAAAAUAAAGAAAAUGUAGCAAAUAAAGAAUUUAGUUUAAAUGAGAAGGAAAAUACAGGUGAUAUAAAAGAUAAUAUUUCAUUAAAAGAAAAUACAGAUUGUGGUGAAAAUACAUCGUUAAACAAUAUGAGUGAUAAUAGACUACAGAGUGAUGAAUCACAUACAUUAAAUAGGUUAGAUUGCAAGGGUUGUGAUCCACAAGUCGAAAAUAUUAGUAAGAGUAAGAUGGAAUUGAUACCUAUAAUUGAAACUGGCCACAAUAGAGAAAAAUGCAAUAGUCUUCAAGAUGAACAGAAAUGUACAGAUAAAGAAGAUGAGUCUAAUCAUUUAAAUGGAUUUAUUAAAGAAAAAGCAGUUAAUGUUACAGAAAAUAUCGAUAAUGGCCUUGAUUCUGAUAAUAAUGUGGAUGACACAUGACAAAGGAGUAAAUUUCCUAAAUGUUUUGUUAGUGGGUAGUUGUAAAUAAAAGAAUCCAUACUUAUAAUUAUUCAGAAAACACAUGCUAAACAAUAAAAAAUAUUGUAGUUAUAAAAAUAUAGAAAACUGAUACCAAAUUCAAAACUGUCAUGCCUCACUGGAAUAUUUUUUAAGGUUUUUCGGAAAGAUUGGUAUCAGUGUUAGUGUAUGGGGCGUGGCUUGCUAUGACACGCCUUUGGCGCUGAUAUUGGUGCCAAUAUUAAUAAAGAAGCAAUAAAUAUACAGCUUUAUCUAAAAACAUCGAAAAGAAAUCCUAGUGUUUGCUCAAAGUGUAUUUUAAGUAAUACAGUAUGAAAAGUGGCCUUACAUUAUAUAGUUUGAAAAAGAUUUGGGUUAUUGUGAACCUCUUAAUCGGGUUUGGAACUUGUUGAUAAAUAAGGUGUGUCUAUUGUCAUAUACAUCAAGAUAACUGAAUAUAAGGAUUCUUUUAUUUAUCAACAGUCGUAAUAAAUAUAGAUAUUAUUUUGCAUAAAACAUAUAGAAAAUAUAUGAAAUAAAUGUCAGAUAUGCAUUCCUAUACGAAAAAAUAUUGGUUAAAAUGAAGGUAAUUAAAUAAAACGAAGUUAGGGGAUUUUGUUAGUAAAAUAGGGAUGCUAAGUGCCUCAAUCUAGUUAUCUAGAUAGCACAAAUGAAAAAUGUAAUAUAUGUUAAAUAAAAUCUAUAUAGUAAUAUAUCUAUCUUAUAUAAGUAAUCGCCAAAUUUGUUUGCUGUUAAAGAGUAUUUUUCAAAAAAUAAAUUGUAAUUUUGUUUGAAAUUUUGAGAUCAUAUAUUUAUUGGUAAAAUCUUUUACAAAAACAUAUAUUGUUUAAAAUGUAUAUUUCAAUAGUGCUUGUGUAGUGCAUUUGGCGGUAACCGUAAAAAUAUUGAUAUUAUUUAGUUAAGUAUUAACAUCACAAAAUCCACAAGAAUAUAAAAUUUCACUAAACAUUUAGAUUUUUGUAUGAACGCCAUCUAGUGUCAUUGGGAUGUUAAGAUUCAUAGUCGUUAUUCCGAUACGGAGCUUUCAUAGACAGAUUUCGUUAAGCCUCUUAUUUUUUUGACCUACCCUCAGAUUGGUAUCUCGAUAUGUGUUUAUUUUUCUUAUCAAAGCACGUGUAGUCUCUGUUAAGAUUAGUUCCAUUAUCCAUGUUGAGAGCUAUACCAUAUGUAUAUAAAACUAAAAAUAUAUGGGAUACAUUUUAUAACUAGUAUAUUUUGAAUUGGUGCGAGAAGAGAUAGUAGCUCAUUAUACAAUUUAUCUUUUUCACAAAAACACUAGAUGGAUCUAUGAGCCUCGCUAACUACACUAGGCAUGAAUUCCAUUCUCACAUUGUAUAACCAUUUCCAGGCUAUCAUCUUGCCGAAAUAUAACUGCUCAUCUGAUCACUAGUUUAUAUUGUGUUUUGUGUAUUAAUUAUUUAUUAUUGCAUUUAACGAGACCAAAGGUAGACAUUAUCUCAAAUCACACAAAUAUCGCCAUCUCUCAAGUACUAAAAAUAGUACAAACAUUGUGGUAAUAUCUAUGUAUGGCAAAAGUAUAUUUUAAACUAAAAAUAUAAAUUGGCUUAGUAAAAAAAAUUGUUUUCGUACUAUUGUAAUAUUUGGCGUUUCUUUGUUUUGUAAGCACGUUGUUUUAAAAUAAAACCACAUAAUUCCAAAAAAAUACUUUGACGGUUCUUUAUAUUUUUGUGCUUUGAUGAUACGUGAAAAUAAAAUUUUAUCCAUCCUAUGUCUACUUAGGAAUCUGUAUAACUAUUUUUAACGCUUAUAAACAAUAUUCAUGUAAAUACGUGUAUAGUAUCUUAUUUCCAUGUACCUUAUAGAAUACAAAUUAAAGUGUAUAAUAUAAUUUUAACAAGGGGUUUGGUUUAAUAAACAAUAAACGAAAA